AGGGGGCGCGCCGGGGUCGCCGAGAGGCGGGCGCAGCAGUGGGGUCUGGCGCUAGCGGGGCGGCCCCAGAGGCCGUCGCCUCACUUCCGGGAACGCCUGGGAGCCGCGGUCGCCGCCCUUUAGGGCGCUGCCAGACGGCCGGCGCGGGCCGCAGAGCGGGUGAGCGCGCAGGCCAGGCCAAAGCUGGUGCGGGCGCGGCGCGGGCCUCGGUCUGCGGCUAUGGGGGCGUCCGCGCGGCUGCUGCGCGCGGUGAUCAUGGGGGCCCCAGGCUCAGGCAAGGGCACCGUGUCGUCGCGCAUCACCAAACACUUCGAACUGAAGCACCUCUCCAGCGGGGACCUGCUCCGGGACAACAUGCUGCGGGGCACAGAAAUUGGCGUGUUAGCCAAGGCUUUCAUUGACCAAGGGAAACUGAUCCCAGAUGAUGUCAUGACUCGGCUGGCCCUUCAUGAACUGAAAAAUCUCACCCAGUAUAACUGGCUUUUGGAUGGUUUUCCAAGGACACUUCCACAGGCAGAAGCUCUAGAUAGAGCUUAUCAGAUCGACACAGUGAUUAACCUGAAUGUGCCCUUUGAGGUCAUUAAACAACGCCUUACUGCUCGCUGGAUUCAUCCUGCCAGUGGCCGAGUCUACAACAUUGAAUUCAACCCUCCCAAAACUGUGGGCAUUGAUGAUCUGACUGGAGAGCCUCUUAUUCAGCGUGAGGAUGAUAAACCAGAGACGGUUAUCAAGAGACUAAAGGCUUAUGAAGACCAAACAAAGCCAGUCCUGGAAUAUUACCAGAAAAAAGGGGUGUUGGAAACAUUUUCUGGAACAGAAACCAACAAGAUUUGGCCCUAUGUAUAUGCUUUCCUACAAACUAAAGUUCCACAAACAAGCCAGAAAGCUUCAGUUACUCCUUGAGGAGAAAUGUGUGUAACUAUUAAUUGUAAGAUGGGCAGACCUCCUAAUCCUUGCAUUUAGAAGCUGCUUUUCCUAAGACUUCCAGUAUGUAUGAAUUCUUUGAAAAUUUUAUUACUUUUAUUUCUAUUGAUUUUAUUCUGGAUACUAAGAAUGUGCCAAAUGAGUCAGAUACUAAGAUUCAUCCUUUGAAAUCAACUAGUAUGUUGAUUUCAGUUAUCCUCAAAAACAUCAGUGAUGUCUGAACUUUUAAAACAUGUUAGAGCAAAAUUAAAAGAGCAUUUGUUAGUAAUCUAACAUUUUGUUCAGUUAAUAAGUGGUCAGUAAAGUUUCCAUAUUUUUCUGGAAAAGUUAAAAAAUGUUGCAUGUCAUUUGGGGAAAAUGUCAGAAAUUUUUGCCUAGAAUGAUGCCAAAAAAAGACAUUUCUAGCAUUUUGGAACAUGGUGAGACACUGUAUAAAAUUCCAGAAAGAAAGCAACUGGAUUUACAGAUUUGUUGUAAGACACAAAUUCACUGCUGCCUUUACCCUAAGAAAUGUAUAUGCUAACCACAUAUGCUGUAUUUAUUUUGUUGUUAACCAUACUUUGUUUACUCAGAAUUUUCAAUAUGCUAUAAAAAUUUAUCAAUUCACAUAAAGAAAAAUCUUACUUUAAGAUGACUUGUUUCCUUUGAAAAUGCAUGUGUACUGAGGGUUAUGAUUUAUGUCAGAAAUUGACAUUGUAAGUCCUUGGACAAGCACCAAAGUUGAAUGAAUUUUCAACAAAAUGUAAUUAAAGUCUGUUUUCAGAUGUGACUUAGGUUAAGAAAUGUGUUUUAGGAUCUACUUGCCAGUUUCUCUUUUUUUUUUGAUCCAAAUGAUUGAUCGGCCCUGAUAAAAUAACGUUAUGGUACCAUCCCCAAACCUGCAAAAAAAAAAAAAAAAAAAGAAAAAGAAAAAAGAGAAAACCCAUGGCACUACGUAAAUAAAGUAAGCAUACUGUCAUUAGUAAAUAGAUGAGGCAUGCCUGGGAAAUGCUCCCUUGACAUAAAUAACAAUCAAUCAUAAUUAGUAAAAAGGUAUGCCAAUAAAAAGAAUUUACAUGAUAUGUUAACAGGAAAGUAAGUGAGUUUCCUGAAGGAGUUCUUUGUUCUUGAUCAAAGGAAUCAAUACCUGUUCUCCAAGAUGGCGGCGGAAAAAAAAAAUCAAUACCUGUUAGCAUUCACUACCACCUUAUUUUAAGGAGAAAGAACUCUAUUGGUGUCAUCUGAGCAGCCAUUUAAAUAUUGGAAUCUAAAGUGAUUCCUUAGUGGGACAACAAGGAUGGUUGCUGAUGUACUGUUUGGUCUGGUAGGAGAAGUGGGGCAAUAUGAGAGGUGGAGGAAAAGCUUGAUUAUGUCUUUGAUGACAUAUUUACUCUUACUUUACUUGGUGCCAAAUCAAAUGAAACAAGCCCUCGUACAAGCUGUUAUUAAUUACCUUUAAAAAUCUGUUUUAUUUUUUUCCAGGUACUUAAAAUACAAGUAAGUGGUUCUUAUGUAUUUUGGGGGGGAAAAUUUUAUUUUCUUUUUCUUCCGAUACUUUAAAAAUUCAUCAAUCUUUUAAGAUGAACGAAGGUUUUUUAAAAAGAAUUCUAGUAAACAUUUCAUUCUUUAUAAAACUUUCUCUAAUGUCUUAUUUGAAUGUUAAUCUUAUGUGCUUUCUAAAAAUGUUGUGAACUACCAAACUUAUGGAUUAUCACUAGGUUAUCAGACAUACAUUAGUCUAUCAGAAUAAAAUGAAUUUCAUAACUGUG